UCUCUCUUUACCCUCUUCAAGUUAUUCAUUAAUUUCCCUUUUUUUUUUUUUUUUUUUUUUGCUUUUUUCGUUUAAUGGGUUUGAUUCUGUUUAUGGGUUUCUGCACCCUGUUUGAAAGCUGGGAAAUGGAAGAAAGUUAUGUAUAGAACACUGAGGAAUUAUUGUUUUUGAGUUUCUCGAAAAGAACGGCAUGUCAUGUUUCAUGAUGCAAGGUUUUCAGCAUAACGAAGCAAAGCUAUUACAGUUUAUAAGAACGUAGAGUGCUUCUAUUCCAGAAGAGUAGAGUAAUUGGGAUACGUGAAGGAGCCAGUCGUCGUAGCAUGUUUUCUCAAACUUGAAGUUUUAGAAAUUGGAAGCAAUAUUUUAUGAGAAAAAUAUUAUGGAGGAAAUUCAGUCUCAAUCAGAUAAUUAUAGGUCUUCAUCAUCUUCAGCGAGUAGUCCAGUGAGUAGAGUGCCUUCAAGUAACUUCUUUUACUUGCGGAAACCGGGUUCACUUCGACAGCCUAUCUCUUUUGAGGACUCACCUGACUGGGAGGAAACAGAUAUUGAUGUGAGGAUUGAGGAAGGGGGUGACUCCAUCAAUGCUGCAACCACCCCUGCUUCACCCUCUCUGUCAAAACUUAACAGUUGUUCUUUGCCGUCCCCUCCAUUACCCGAGGGUGCAGGGGUUGGAAGAAAAAUUUCUGGGGCAUACAUUGCAUGGAAAGAUUUGACUGUAACGAUAAAGGGGAAAAGGAAGUAUUCUGACAAGGUUGUGAAAAGUUCCAAUGGUUAUGCAUUGCCUGGAACUAUGACAGUAAUCAUGGGUCCAGCGAAAUCAGGGAAGUCUACACUGUUAAGGGCACUUGCAGGAAGAUUACAUCGUUCAGCCAAAAUGUAUGGUGAAUUAUUUGUUAAUGGAACAAAAUCGCGCAUGCCGUAUGGGUCAUAUGGUUUUGUUGAGAAAGAGACGACUUUGAUUGGUUCCCUCACGGUCCGGGAGUUUCUUUUCUACUCGGCAUUGCUUCAACUGCCUGGUUUCUUUUUUCAGAAAAAGAAUGUGGUAGAGGAUGCCAUCCAUGCAAUGUCAUUAAGUGAUUAUGCGAAUAAGCUAAUUGGAGGCCACUGCUAUAUGAAGGGCCUUCCUAAUGGUGAGAGAAGACGUGUUAGCAUUGCUAGAGAACUUGUAAUGAGACCACAAAUACUAUUCAUUGAUGAGCCACUUUAUCACCUUGACAGUGCACCAGCCUCAUUGGUCAGGGCGAGCGUGCUGUUGAUGCUUUCCUUGAGGUUGCUGAGUUUGUUGAUUGCUUCUUUCAGUGUCUCUGCACUCUUAAUGAUGGUCACGUUGAAGAAACUUGCAAGCACCGGAUGUACUCUUGUUUUUACCAUCAACCAGAGCAGCACAGAAGUAUUCGGCCUUUUUGAUCGAAUUUGUUUGCUCUCAAAUGGAAAUACUCUGUUUUUUGGAGAAACACUGGCUUGCUUGCAGCAUUUUGCUAAUGCUGGAUUUCCUUGUCCAAUCAUGCAAAGUCCUUCUGAUCACUUCUUACGAGCAAUAAAUACAGAUUUUGAUAGAAUCAUUGCAAUGUGCAAGAAUUGGCAGGAUGACCAAGGGGAGUUUUCAUCAGUGAAUAUGGAUACUGCUGUCGCAAUCCGUACACUUGAAGCGACAUAUAAAUCAUCAGCAGAUGCUGCUGCAGUUGAAACUAUGAUAAUGAGACUGACGGAUAAGGAAGGUCCAUCUCUUAAAAGCAAAGGAAAAGCGAGUAAUUUAACGAGGAUUGCAGUUUUGACUUGGAGGUCUUUAUUGGUUAUGUCAAGGGAAUGGAAAUAUUAUUGGCUUAGGCUUAUUCUUUAUAUGCUACUUGCAGUUUGUAUUGGUACUGUGUUCUCUGGGUUAGGACAUUCUUUGUCUUCAGUUGUGACAAGAGUUGCAGCAGUUUUUGUAUUUGUUUCAUUCACUUCUCUUCUAAGUGUUGCUGGAGUACCUGCGCUCAUGAGGGAAGUUAAGAUAUAUAAUAGUGAAGAAUCAAAUUAUCAUUCUGGCGCAUUUGUAUUCCUACUCGGGCAACUUCUCUCCAGCAUACCCUUCCUCUUCCUCAUUUCCAUCUCUUCAAGUCUCGUCUUCUAUUUCCUAAUAGGACUCCGCGACGAAUUCAGAUUGUUGAUGUACUUUGUGCUAAACUUCUUUAUGUGCCUCCUAGUAAACGAAGGACUGAUACUGGUUAUGGCCUCGUUAUGGAGAAAUAUCUUCUGGAUCGUUUUAACACUCGUAUCUGCACAUGUCCUAAUGAUGCUCUCAGCAGGUUAUUUUCGAAUUCGAAAUGCUUUGCCAGGUCCUGUCUGGACAUAUCCAUUAUCUUAUAUUGCUUUCCACACCUACUCCAUCCAGGGGCUAUUGGAAAAUGAGUACCUUGGGAGUUCCUUUGCAGUUGGUGAAGUAAGAAACAUAACUGGUUACCAGGCUCUCCAUAGUGCAUAUGAAAUCUCUUCUAAUACUCACGCCAAAUGGAAGAACUUGUUGGUGUUGUUUCUCAUGGUAGUAGCCUACCGCAUUAUAGUUUUUGUUCUUUUACGUUUUCGUGUGGGUAAAUUUAUGAGUUUGCGUAAAGGUUUUCGUUGUAAUCGGGAUAUGAAAGAUUGAAAAAAUGUGAUUUGGUACUAGUAUAGCUUUUUUGUUUAGAUGUUUACAACAUUAGUUUUCUAUUUUUGUUGUGCACAUUCAAGGAAUGAUGCAAGUUAGUCUCUUCUAUUCAUUUUGUUUGCAAA